AUGGCGCCGCCAGUUGAACUCCUCAUUUCCCCGUGGAUUACUUUUAUUGUGCCAGUUUUUAUAUCUCUCUAUUAUCUGGUUCCUUGGUUCUGGAUCCUUAAUCACCUGAGGGAUAUACCCGGGGCCUUUUCAGGCCAGCUCUCGAACUUGUGGCUAUUGCUUGCCUGUCGAGCGGGCAAGCGUUACAGCUAUGUAGACGAAGCUCAUAAACGAUAUGGACCCAUUGUUCGCAUACAACCUAAUCAUAUGAGCAUUGCCAACGAGGAGGUCAUUCAGUUAAAAUCGCUUCCAUAUUGGCUGGUCAAUGUUUGGGGACGAGGAGUCAUACAUUUCACACCACCCGUGCUCUCCACCGUUUAUUUUGUCAACGGCACCACGCUCCGUCCGAGGCCAUUCCAUGUUACCGAGAACCAGGCCAACGGUGUUGCUUUCUCCCAGGACCGCAACGGCAAGGGGGGCGUCUUUACUUCCCCACGGGGAUGUGUCCCCGGACAAGAACCACCGAGGAUACCUUACCGGCUCCGCACUCUAGACGCGUACGGUGUGUCGUACCCAGGCGCCUGGACGAGUGUCCCUCGGCCCGUCAGUGUUCUUAUCUCUUUUGUCUACGACGGUGUCAAAUCCACCAGGAGUGCCUGGGUAUUCGCCUUUGCGGGGGAGGGGGUAGACGUUCUUGACUCUCAGACCGGGCUGGCGUUGGGGACCAUUCGUGUGGUGGGCGGGGGGGACUAUGUGGCGGUUAAUAUGGCCUUGGGACAGAACAAGCUCUGGAUUAUUGGGGCCGGGUGGUCUGGCAUGUGA